UCCCGGAAGUGGCUGUGGGCCGCUGCAGGGCAACCCCCCGGCGUCCCUGGAAGCGGGGAGGGGAGCCGGGGUGGUGCUGGAAGUUGUGCGGCGCCGGGAACCUGCGCCCGGAGCCUCCGGCGUGGGGGCAGAUUCUAGGAUUGGCAGGAGAUGGAUGAGUGCAACUGGAUGACCCCUCCCCUACAAUUGUUAUGGCUCAUUGACGGUGUCCAGCCCGGAGGCCAGUAGAACUCAUCACAUUCAUCUGGCCUGUUGGCCUGGAGCCCAGACAGCAAUGGCUGGGAGACCCAUCCGCAUAGGAGACCAGCUGGUCCUGGAGGAAGACUAUGAUGAGACCUACAUCCCCAGUGACCAAGAAAUCCUUGAAUUUGCCAAAGAGAUAGGUAUUGAUCCCAGCAAGGAGCCGGAGCUGAUGUGGCUGGCCCGGGAGGGCAUCGUGGCCCCGCUGCCUGCGGAGUGGAAGCCAUGCCAGGACAUCACAGGCGACAUUUACUACUUUAACUUCGCCAACGGGCAGUCCACGUGGGACCAUCCGUGUGACGAGCACUACCGGAACUUGGUGGUCCAGGAGCGAGGGAAGCUGGCAUCUUCUGGGGCCGUGAAGAAGAAAGACAAGAAGAAGAAAAAGGAAAAGAAAGACAAGAAGAACAAAGAGACCCCCAGAAGUGCCAUGGACACACAGCCUGAGCAGGGACUUCUGCCUUCCUCCUCCUCUCUCCGUGGCCUGUCCCCUCUCCCAGCUCCCAGGCUUGCUGAUCUGGAUCUAGACCAGGACAUGCAGGCUCCCAGUGAGAGCUCCUUUCAGAGAGGGAAGAGCCCAUGCAUGCUCGGCGACACCCCCUGGGCCCUCCUGGGCUCCCCGCCCAGCAAGCUGCAGCCGCUGUCCAGAGGCCAUGGCCCCCGCGCCCACCAGCUGUUUGCAGAUGUGGAGAUAAUCCUAGGCAGGGGCCCCGCCCCGGGCAGGACAGACUUAGGGGACCAGCAGGCUCUGGAGAAGCCCCAGAAGCUGACUGAGAAGAUCUACCUGGGGUUCUCAGACCCCGAGAUAGAAGAGCUGGAGAUGAGGACCAGGCUGGGCGCUCCAGGCCCCGAGGACGGCGGGCCCCUCCAGGGCGGGCAGGAGGUGUUAGACGGCAGGAGCCAGGCCUCUGUGCACCUCAGGCUCUCCGAAGCCAGCAAGGGCCUGCAGCUGACGGGGGUGCCGCACAGCACUGGCCCCGCGGGGGACAAGGGCCAGAGCCCCGUGCCCUCCGCGUCCCCCCAGGGGCACCCCUCCCUGUCCCCUUGUUCUUCAGACCAGAUGCUCCUGGUAGAGGGCGGCCCCGCGGAAGGCCUGCGCCGGCAGAGUGUUUCUGGGGAGGGGGCGGGGGUGGGCUGGGGCAGGAGGAGGAGAGAGCCCCCGGGACUGUGGAUGGGACAGGUCUCCCGGCUUGUCCACGAGGACGGCCCCGGGAGCUGCAAGGGGGCAGCGCCCACCGACCCUGGGGACCCCGCUGAAGACCCAUGCCAGGGGCUCCUCCAAAUGCCGCCUGACACCCCGGCAUCGGAGGCAGCCCCGAGAGCCGCCCCUGCCAGCGAGAGCAGACAGCCCCCAGUGUGUGCGGAGCCCCCCGAAGAAGACGGGAGGCCCAGCGAGUGCGAGCCUGACUUAGAGAGCAGCAGCGGCAGCGGCCUGGCUUCUUCCCUCGGCUCGCAGGUCAUGGGCGAAGUGAAUAACUUCCCGUGGGACCUGCAGAGCUCUCAGGGGUCUGGGCGGGGCGGGGGUCCGUCAGGCCCCGGGCUCAGAGGGCUGCCCUCCGGCCCCUUCCUGGUGCCCCAGUUGCCCCACCUGCAGAGCUCUGCCGAGGAGCAGUCAGAGAGCGAAGACUACUCUGAGGACCAGAGGUUCUACCAGCACAUCCUGCAGAUGGCCAAGAUCUCCCGGCGGCUGGAGGGCCUGGGGCUGCCGGAGAGCGUGCAGGAGAGGCCGUGCGGAGAGCUCGCCGGCGUGGCCUGCUGCGUGGCGGCCGAGUCCUCCAGGCUGUCUAGCGUGGGGGAGCACGAGGCCAUCAGAGCCCUGGAAAGAGACUCCAGGCUUCUGGUUUGGGGACCAGAGCAGCUGGAACAUCCUCAGGAGGGGGCCCUGGCCCCAGCUGGGCAGGAGGCCGCUCCGCAAGCCUGUUUGCAGCCAAGCAGCAGUCCUCUCAGGCAGGCGCUAGGUGAGCUGAGCGCCAACGAAAGGCUCGCUGUAGAGCCAGGCCAGAUGCAGCUUCUCCACCAGGCCCUGGGCUCCUCACUGGCUCCAGUCCACGCUCCCCUUGGGGGCCUGGCUCCCUUACGAGGCCUCGUGGAUGCCCCGCUCUCCUCUCUUCGCACGUCUCACGGUGUGAGCGUGGGGAGCUCCGUGGAGUCCGCUCAGCGUGGAGAACUCACGCUGCCUUUGCAGGGUCUCAAGACUUCUGCUCAUAUGCAAGGUCUCUUGGGCUCCAUCCGUGAGGACAAGAAUGCGCUCAGCCUCCUGGCUUUAGGGGAGGAGACCAGCGAGGAGGAGGCGGAGAGUGAUAACCAGAGUGUCCGCAGCGCAAGUGAGCUUCUUAAGAACCUGCACCUGGACAUUGGGCUGCUGGGGGGCAACUUCGAGUCUGAGGAGUCUCCCCAGGAGUCUCCAGGAACAAGCCAGCCCGAGGAGAAGGCCCUCUCUCCUGACUCGGGGGCCGCCAGCCCCCCGACUCACAACAGGCUCUCCGGCCGAGGUGCAGACAGCAGCCUGGCCAGCGCAGGCAGCAGAGGGCCACGGGGAGGAGGAGCGAGCGCCCGGCUCCCGGGAAGAGACAAGAAUCACAAGAGUGACCCUGCGAUGACGGCCACGAGUCCCGUGGGCCCCGGGGGCGACCAGCCCGCCACGUCCUGUAAGAGAGACGCCCCCCAGGACCCGGCUGCAGCGGGGGAGGCCGCAGCAGAGCCGGAGGAGGAGGUCCCUGUCCCGGGAGAGAGCGAGUCAGACAGCAGCGACGCGCAGGAGAUCAGUGAACACAUGAAGGAGCUACAGGGCUCAGACUCCGAUGCCUCCGACUCCAAGUCCCUCCUGGGCCUGGACUUCGGUUUUUGCGGCCGGAUCUCCGAGCAGCUGCUGGACAUGGACCUGCUUUUCCCGGUCCCGGACAGAGCCCACUGGGCGGCCCAGAGGCCGGGAGGAGGCCAGGACAACAGCCAGUCCAGCCACGAGGAGCUGCAGAGCGAGCCCUCCCUCGGCUCCGAGAGGGUCUCCCCUGCACUUCUGUUCGGGGAGCGGCUUGGGAGUCCCCGGCACAGCCAGGCCACCGGGAAAGGGCCUCUGCAGGCCCCUGAGGGGCAGCCUGAGCGGCGGGGGACACAGGCGCCCGCGGAGCACUCUGCACGCAGCCCCCUCCCGCCCGAGUCCCUGCACAGGGAUGGAAGCCCCAGUCCACCUGCCGCCUGCAAGAGUGACGAGGCGCCGGGCUCCCAGGCCGAGGAGCCCGAGGAGGAGGAGGUGGUGGCUGGCCCCACCCUGCCCAUCUCUCCGGAGCGGCGAUCUCCAGAGCUCGUGGCUCUCCCGGAGCAGCGCCCAGAGGCCGCCCGGAAGGCCCUGGAGGAGGCGGUGGCUCAGGAACUGGAGCAAGAGCAGAGGCGGCUCCUGGACUUGGGGCGGGAGAAGCUACGGCAGCUGCGGCAGAGGCUGCAGCAGGAGGAGGAGGAGGAGGCGCGCCAGCUUCAACAGCAGAAAGAGGAGUCUCUGAGGCUCCUGCAGGAGCAGCUGCAGAAGGCCACUGAGGAGGAGGGCACGCGGAUGAGAGAGGAGGAGAGCCAGAGGCUGGCCCGGCUCCGGGCCCAGGUCCAGUCCAGCGCAGAGGCAGAUGCGGAACGGAUCAGGGCGGAGCACCAGGCCUCCCUGCAGAGGCUGAGAGAGGAGCUGGCGGCCCUGCAGGAGGCCGAGCGGGCCAGCUUGGAGCAGGGCAGCCGGCGCGUGCUGGAGCGGCUCCGGGGAGAGAUGGAGGCUGCGGAGAGGAGGGAGCAGGCUGCCCUGGAUGCCGAGAAGGAGAAGGCCCGGCAGCAGCGGAGGGAGCAGCUGGAAGGGGAGAGGGAAGAGGCGGCAGCAGCGCUGGAGGCAGAGCACAGGGCUGAGCUGGCGCGGCUCCUGUCCUCCCUGGAGGCCAAGCACAGAGAGGCGGUCUCCAGCCUGCAGAAGGAGGUAAAGGAAGUUCAGCAGAAGGAGGAGGCCCAGCAGCAGGAGAGCCAGGGGUGGGCGGAGCAGAGAUCUCGCCAGCUGCAGGAGUACGAGCAGGAGCUCAGUGGCCUCCUGAGAGAGAAGCGCCGGGAGGUGGAACGGGACCACGAGAGGAGGAUGGACAAGAUGAAGGAGGAGCACCGGCAGGCCGCGGCGGAGGCCAGAGAGCAGUAUGAAGCCGAGGAGAGGACGCAGCGAGCCGAGUUGCUGGGGCACCUGACUGGGGAGCUGGAGCGCCUGCGCCGGACCCACGAGCGGGAGCUGGAGGCCACGAGGCAGGAGCAGGCCAGGCAGCUGGAGGGCCUGGGGCUGCGGCACCGGGAGCAGGAAAAGAAACUUCAAGAUUUAGAGGUGGAGCUGGAAACCAGAGCCAAAGAGGUCAAGGCCAGGUUGGCUCAGCUGGACGCUCAGGAAGCCACAGCCACCCAGCAGCACCUGGACGAGGCCAAGCAGGAGCACACGCACCUGCUCGAGUCGAACCGGCAGCUCCGGAGAACUCUGGGCGAGCUGCGGGCCCUCAAGCGGGAGCUGGAGGCCCAGGUGGACCAGCUGCAGGCCCAGGCCCAGGCGCUGCAGAAACGCAUCAGUGAGCUGCAGGCCGGAGCUCAGAGGAGGCAGGAGGCGCUGAAAGGGCUGGCGGCCGAGGCGGGCCGUGCUUCCCCCUCGCGUGAGCCCGCCCUCCACAUCGAGGACCUGAGGACAGCCCCUGGCACCAAGCAGACCAACGAGGCACCCCCUGCUGUCUCCCCGAGCCCGGAGGCCGCCGACUCGUCCUUGGACAGCUUCCGGCACUACCUCUCCGCCGAGGGGGCCGCCCUCCGCAGCGCCAAGGCCUUCCUGGUGCGACAGACACGCUCCAUGCGCCGGCGGCAGGCGGCCCUGAAAGCCGCGCAGCAGCACUGGGGCCGCGAGCUGGCCGCUCCGGAGGCGCCCGAGGACCUGCUGGGCACCAAGGCCCUGGGCGGCGACGUGCACAAGAGCCUGGAGGAGGAGGCCCGGCACCUGGGCGAGAUGCAGUCUGCCAUGCGGAGAGGCCGCAGCCUGCUGCAGAGGAAGGAGGAGAAGCUGAGCGAGCUGGAGGCCUCUCUGCGGGCCCAGGCUCUGGAUGGGGACACUCUGAGAGGGCCCCCCACCAAGAAGGUGGUGACCUUUGACCUCAGCGACUCGGAAGACACGAACAGUGGAAGCUCAGACUCCUGUCCCCUGCCUCAGGGCAUUCUGCCCGGCCCCGCCUUCCCCCACAAGCUCCGGUGCUUGGACAGCUCCCUGCAGAGCAUCAGCAGCCAGCUGCACCAGGUCCUCAGCCUGCUGGGGGUCCUCAGCACCCCGCCGCCUCCGCCUCCACCGCAGCCGCCCCCGCCCCCCUCCGUCCGGGGGACCCCCACCCAGUGGGCCUGGGACCCGGGGCUGGGCCCCCGGCUCUCCUCCGCCUCCGCCACGCAGGCCGUGGAUGACUUCCUGGUGGAGAAGUGGCGCAAGUACUUCCCAGCUGGGAGCCCCGGCCUCUGCAGCAGCCCUGCCCCCUUGGAGAACAGGCUGGGCUACGUGUCUGCCAGGGAGCAGCUCCGCCUCCUGCAGCACCCCCUCUCGCACGCCCCUGAGGCGGGCAGUGCCGGUCUGCAGGGCAUGAUCGAGGCUAACCGGCGGUGGCUGGACCGCUACAGGAGUGACCCCACAUUGCCUCUGUGCUUAGUGCCCACACCAGCAGCGCCGGGCCUCCUGCAGCUGAGCCUGGACGAGAACAACAGGCUGCAGGUGCACCGCUGCUGAGGCCCAGCGGUGUGGCCCCGCAUCUCCCCGGCCGAGGGGGGCCUGCCGCUGCCUCGGACGGAGAUCUUCGGGGGAAGCGGGCUGUGGAGAGGAUGGCAGAUCUGAGGGCAGUGCGCCCUGCAGUGACCAGAGCGGACUGCGGGCUGACCGGGACGUCUGAGCCUGCGAGGACACGCCCCUUCGGGCACCGCAGGCGCUGGUGCCGGGCCGCAGUGAGACAUCCGGCCGUCCUCCCUGAGCAGGCCCCGCGCCCCAGCUCUGGUGCCUGCGCCUGGGACGCUGUCUCUCCAGAACCUCAGCGCCUGAGCUCAGGCCGUUCCUUUCCUUUCUCCUCCUUCCUCCCCCCUUUUUUAAAACAUCCCCUUUUUUGAGUUCUCUGUUUCUCCUUUGACUGUCUCAGGAUUGGGCCCAGCCUUUCCCUCGGCCGCACUGUGCUGUCCCCAGGGCCCCUGCCCUUUGCUGGCUCCGCCCGGAGCCCUCCCGUGCUUCUCAGGUCUCCGCACACAGCUGACGACAGCUGCCCGGGAAGCUGGCAGGCUCAGGGCCUCCCGCCCUUCACCCGGGGUGUGCCCCGUGCUGUUUCUGUCUCUGUUUUCUACUGUGCCCCCUGCUCAGCCCGAUCUGCACAGCCCCUGCACCCUCUCACCAGCGGCCCCGGGGGUCCCCCGACACGUCCUCUGACAUCUGUGUCAGGCCGUUCUUAUCCGGAACGCUGUGGUGCUGCCCUGGCCUCUAGUGCACGGAGACCGAGCCUCCCUCUCCCUCCUCGGACCUCUUAGUCAUGGACUAGGAAACGGAGACCGAUGCUUUUUCUUCAUCUGCGGCUCGGCUCAGUCUGCCACACAGAACAAGCCCGUGUUCCGUGGCUGAUCCUACGGGACUAGCGUACGCGUCGCCCCAUCUCUGUAACAAGCCCGUUUGUGCCUCCAUUAAACCUGCUGGCCCAUUUUCUA